UAGGGAAAUGGUAUUUAAAAAUUGGUCAUGGGAAAGAAUUCAGGAAAGAAUUGCAUACAAUAGAAGAAGUAAAGAAAUGGUAUUUAUCAGGUGGUGACCCAGAAAUAAUAAUGGAAUAUGCUGAUAUAUUAAAAAAACUCCUAUCAGGUAUUGAAGUUAUGUCUAUAAAAGGUAGUUCAUGUGUAACUACUCAUACUCCAUCUAAGCUUCCUUAUAUUGACAGAGUGACACCCAUUCUAACUGUAGCAAUAGCUGGUAAUGGAAAGGGAGCUAAAAUGUCAGAUGAAUUAGGAAGAAUAACAGCUAAUUUAGCAGUAAAAGGAGAAUGGAAUUCUGAGAUUCCACAUUCAUUGUUUACUAUUCGAUGGAAACAUGCAAAUAAGCUUUGAUUUUUCUGUAAAUAAUAGAAUAAAAU